AUGAGGCAAAUCCCACCUAAUGAUCGAAUACUGGCUGCUCCAGUUGUGGAAGCUUCUGGCCUUCUAGUGUCUCUGCCCGCUGACCCCACCCCCAUUUUUGCGCAACCAAUCACUGAACAGAUCCCAGUUGAAAGAGUUUCAGUACCAGUAGUGGACAUCUCUCCCCCUCCUUCGGUCUUGGUUUCCUCUUCAGAGCCCGCGUCCACCGACCCCUCCCCUGUUUUAACGCAUCCAGCCAUCGAGCAUGUGACUGAUGCUGUGCCGACUGCAGCGGAGGUCUUGCAGGCUGCCAGUAGAGAAGCCAGUUUAACAGAGCUCGGGUUGGCCCAGUACACACCAGUGGGGAUGGUCCAGAACUUCUUAGACUCCAUGCACUUGGAUCUUGGUUUGCCCUGGUGGGGGGCCAUAGUUGUAGCAACGGUGUUUGUUCGUUUGGCUGUGUUUCCGGUCAUUGUGAGCACCCAGAAGGAGGCAGCCAAGACGCACAAUUUGUUGCCUGAGAUGACCAAAAUCAAUAGCAGGCUGGACGAGGCAGUAGAAAGUGGAGACAAAGUUAAAUUUGCCAAAAUCUACUCUGAAAUGAACUUGUUCCAGAAGGAGCAUGAUGUAAAAGAUCGCAGUGGCUUCCUCGUUCCUAUGCUGCAGGGACCAAUCUUCAUGUCUUUCUUCUUGGCACUGAGGGAGAUGGCCCAUCUGCCGGUGCCCAGCUUGCAGACCGGAGGCAUGCUCUGGUUUCCAGACCUGACAGCAGCAGAUCCUUUUUAUAUCCUGCCUUUGGCUUCCACUGGAACCAUGUUCUUAAUCAUGCAGUUGGGUAUAAAGUCUAAUAUAGAUAGCCCCUAUGGGCGAGCCCUGAAGUAUACGUCCAGGCUCAUGCCCUUUCUCGUCUUCCCCCUCACCAUGAACUUCCCCGCGGCGGUGUUUACCUACUGGCUGACCUCCAACUGCUUCUCCUUGGGUCAACUCGCUCUACUCAGACACCCCUCGGUUAAACAUAUCUUGGGGAUCCCAGAGAGGAUCCAACACCCACCCUCCAACCUGCCACGUCAAAACAUGAUCGAAAGCAUGAUGAAGAGCUGGAGAAAGGGUCAGCUGGUCAUGGAGAUGGAAGAGAAGGAAAGGAGAACCAAAAAUCAACUGGACCUCACAGAUAAUGGUCCUUCUUCUUUUCAGACUUUUAACCACAAUCCUCUCGAACAGACUCCACCUGUAGCGUCAGAUAAAGACAAGGAAGCUGGUGGCAAGGCGAGGCCAUGGAAGGACACAAUUGGAUAGAUCAGACUGGCUGACUGCUUGACA